UCUCUGUCGGGGCGUAUUGUGGGGGGCGUGUGGUGGUUCUUCACCCUCAUUAUCAUCUCCUCCUAUACGGCCAACCUGGCUGCCUUCCUCACAGUAGAGAGGAUGGUGUCGCCCAUAGAGAGUGCUGAGGACCUGGCUAAACAGACAGACAUCGCCUACGGUACCCUAGACUCCGGCUCCACUAAAGAGUUCUUCAGGGUGAGUAUAGUACUGGACUGGACACCAGCUGUGUCUGUUUUAUCAUAUUAUGGCCUUGUCCUAGAGAUGUAGGAUCUUUUAAUUUGAGCUAGUUACCUACAGCAACAGGAAAUGUGAAUUAUUAUGUGGAUUAUAAUUCAUGGACAUACAAAUUUAAAAUUAAAGUGUAAGGGAAAAUCAAGUCUGUAAAUUAAAAACUUCAGAAGCCUUUUAAAAACCUCAAAUACAGUACAAGUUUUACAUGUCCAGUUCUCCUGGAACAGGGUGAUCAAAUUAAGAUCCUACAUCUGUAUUUCGUAGGCUUUUUGUGUAUGUAGGAAUAUAAAGUUAAAAGGUGAGUAGUACUGAAUGGAUCAGCUCACACACACACACACACACACACACACAACACCAUGUGUAGUACACAAUACUGAUCAGUUCACCCAAGCAUACUCAUUCACUGGGGGAGGAGUGUGUGCUUUUACUGUAACAGUUUUCAGACAAUACUUACUCCACCAGUAACUCUCUACAGUACACUAACUAACCCCCAUGUCCUCCUCUCUAUUUUGCUAUGCUCUCUCUAUGCUCUCUCUCCACCCUCCUCCACCUCUACUCUUCCUCCACCCCUCCCCCGAUCUGACGCAAAACAACCACAGAGGUCAAAGAUCGCGGUCUACGAGAAGAUGUGGGGCUACAUGAAGUCAGCCGAACCGACUGUGUUUACCAAGAACACACAGGAGGGGGUUGUACGUGUGCGGAAGAGCAAAGGGAAGUACGCUUUCCUGUUGGAGUCAACCAUGAACGAGUACACAGAACAGCGGAAACCCUGCGACACCAUGAAGGUCGGCGGCAACCUGGACUCCAAAGGAUAUGGAGUGGCCACCCCCAAAGGUUCACUGUUAAGGUGGGUGGAGUAGUAUAACAAUAUGUCCAAGCUGUGCGUGUUGUUAUGUUAUUCCACCUUCCCUGGCGUGCUGCCUGAUCAUGUAAAAUAACGCUCAUAUAACGCUCAUGUAACGCUCAUGUAACACUUAUUUUAUUUUUAAUUUUGUUUGCGUUUGGUUUGAAUGCUUUUUUCAUGCAUAGUGAUUGUGAAGGUGAAGGUAGUGGCUUUUACAUUUGUGUUUGGUCUGCAUGCGGUCAUGGCAACAGUUGUUUUUGUUGCAGCUCUACUUCUUCGUUGUCAGGUGAUGUUUGUGCUGCUUUAUGUUGGUGUGCCAGUGGGAGUUGAAACAGCAUGUUGAAACUAUGCAUAAAUGCCCUAGAUAAGUCAAAAUAUGACUCUAAUAUAUUACUAUGACCAAUGUUGCACAAUUCUGGCAACUUUCCCCAAAUUCCUGGAUUUCCUGCUUAUUCCCUCCUGAAUCCGGGAAUAUUCCGAACUGGGAUUUAGGGAACACAUGGGAAUUUUGGGAAGGUUAACGGAAUGUUGCAACCCUAACUGUACUAAAUAGGGAAUAGAGUGCUAUUUGGGAUGUAGACAUAGUUAAUGUCAUAUGAGAUGGUGGGAUAUAAGUGAUGUGAAUGCGAGCCAUGUCAAUGCUCAGUCCUGUCUGACUUGGCUAGACUGGAGCUGCUUUAUACACACAGUGGAAUUUACAGACUUGCCUAAAAAUAAAGAAUUCCCAGUCACUGCUGGGAGUUACAGUUUCACUUCGCCAAAACGAGUGUGUGUGUGUGUGUGUGUUCCUACGUGUACUAGGCACAAUUUCAUUAAUCCAUUGCCAAAGGACUGAUAAAAUAUUUUUGGGAGGGAAAAUACACUGCAAAUGAUAAAAGCAAACAAACACCCCUUAGCAAGUUAUCUCAGUCGAUACUAUAAUGCUCAGACUAUCAAUUACUGAAUACUGCUUCCGGUUUACCAUAUAUCCUUUAAUAAAUGGAAAAUGAAACAAAUAGCCAUGAUCACAUGUAAACUGUAGAGAGGAGAACUUCAGUGCAGAAUGUAAACUAUAGAUCUAUGUUGUUGACCACCUGACCCUUGAUAGGGCCUACAGAGCAUUCUGUCUCUCUCAAUCAAUCAAUCAAUCAAGUUUAUUUUAUAAAGCCCUUUUUACAUCAGCAGUUGCCACAAAGUGCUUUACAGACAAAGGUUGAUAAAAGGUCAAAAACACAGUUCUGAUAAAUGUAACAGUUGCAUAAUGGAGUGGGAUACUCAAUACUUUUUGACUGGCAUGUGUUUGAGUGGUCAUAACAGACGUUUGCGCAAUUGUACAAUCAAAGGGAAAUUUGCUUUGUACAAGCAAGAGUUGGAAUGUGCAUUGCUUUUCUUUUUAAAUAAAUUGAUCCAGCAACAAUUAUGUGACAAGUGAAUUAACACCCACAAAAACAGGAACAUAAUGGCUGGAAAGUGGGGAAUCCUGAGGUGGGCUGGAAAUGCGCAUUGCUAGACACACAGACGCAAGCACGCACGCACACACACUAUUUCCACUGAACUCAUCUGAAUCCAACACCAAUCCUUCCCCAUCUGUAAAUUCCACUGACAAUGCUUCUCUAGAAGGCAACAACAUGGGUUUGCAAUGCAAGCAACAACUGGUGCAGGGUUUACCCACUGUUUUCAGCAAGAGGAGUCACUGACAGAUCAUGGUAGUUCCCGAUGGAGGCCAUUUUUUUUCAGUAUUAUUAUCGGUUGCUUUCCCCUGCUCAGACGUUGCAUGCAUCAACCAAUGGUUGCGUGCCAUUUCAUCGACUGUGUCAUUACUGACAAAUUGCUAUAACAUAUGAUGUGGUUAGCUGAUACGUAAAAUACCUAUCCAGGCAUUGUAAGAUCUGGCAGGCGUCAGCAAUGCCUGGGCAAAGGAACGCGCCCAUCAUCUUCUGUCAGUCACUUCUCCUGGUCACCAUGGAAACCCACCAAUCAGCAUGCAGAGCAGCUAUAUUGUCAGACAAGGCUGCAAUUUCACACGGCAUUAACCCUAAAGUGACUUUAAAAGGGUUAGUUUAAUUAUAUUUUUAUACUUCUCUUCUCAUCAGCUUUUACUGAAAGAUUUAUUUUACUAAUGUUUCUAUCAGUUAUAUUUCUGUCUCUCUCAUUUAUGGUGUGUACUUGAUGUUACUGCAAUGUACAGUCUUGGUCAAAAGUUUUGAGAAUGACACAAGUAUUGGUCUUCACAAAGUUUGCUGCUUCAGUGUUUUUAGAUAUUUUUGUCAGAUGUUACUAUGGUAUGCAAAGUGUCAAUAUUUGCAGUGCUGACCCUUCUUUUUCAAGACCUCUGCAAUCUGCCCUGGCAUGCUGUCAAUUAACUUCUGGGCCACAUCCUGACUGAUGGCAGCCCAUUCUUGCAUAAUCAAUGCUUGGAGUUUGUCAGAAUUUGUGGGGUUUUGUUUGUCCACCCGCCUCUUGAGGAUUGACCACAAGUUCUCAAUGGGAUUAAGGUCUGGGGAGUUUCCUGGCCAUGGACCCAAGAUUUCGAUGUUUUGUUCCCAGAGCCACUUAGUUAUCACUUUUGCCUUAUGGCAAGGUGCUCCAUCAUGCUGGAAAAGGCAUUGUUCGUCACCAAACUGUUCUUGGAUGGUUGGGAGAAGUUGCUCUCGGAGGAUGUGUUGGUACCAUUCUUUAUUCAUGGCUGUGUGCUUAGGAAAAAUUGUGAGUGAGCCCACUCCCUUGGCUGAGAAGCAACCCCACACAUGAAUGGUCUCAGGAUGCUUUACUGUUGGCAUGACACAGGACUGAUGGUAGCGCUCACCUUGUCUUCUCCAGACAAGCUUUUUUCUGGAUGCCCCAAACAAUCAGAAAGGGGAUUCAUCAGAGAAAAUGACUUUACCCCAGUCCUCAGCAGUCCAAUCCCUGUACCUUUUGCAGAAUAUCAGUCUGUCCCUGAUGUUUUUCCUGGAGAGAAGUGGCUUCCUCGCUGCCCUUCUUGACACCAGGCCAUCCUCCAAAAGUCUUCGCCUCUCUGUGCGUGCAGAUGCACUCACACCUGCCUGCUGCCAUUCCUGAGCAAGCUAUACACUGGUGGUGCCCCGAUCCCGCAGCUAAAUCAACUUUAGGAGACGGUCCUGGCGCUUGCUGGACUUUCUUGGGCGCCCUGAAGCAUUCUUCACAACAAUUGAACCUCUCUCCUUGAAGUUCUUGAUGAUCCGAUAAAUGGUUGAUUUAGGUGCAAUCUUACUAGCAGCAAUAUCCUUGCCUGUGAAGCCCUUUUUGUGCAAAGCAAUGAUGACGGCAAGUGUUUCCUUGCAGGAAACCAUGGUUAACAGAGGAAGAACAAUGAUUUCAAGCACCACCCUCCUUUUAAAGCUUCCAGUCUGUUAUUCUAACUCAAUCAGCAUGACAGAGUUAUCUCCAGCCUUGUCCUCAUCAACACUCUCACCUGUGUUAAUGAGAGAAUCACUGACAUCACUGUCUGCAUCACUGUCUGCUGGUCCUUUUGUGGCAGGACUGAAAUGCAGUGGAAAUGUUUUUGGGGGAUUAAGUUCAUUUUCAUGGCAAAGAGGGACUUUGCAAUUAAUUGCAAUUCAUCUGAUCACUCUUCAUAACAUUCUGGAGUAUAUGCAAAUUGCCAUCAUAAAAACUGAGGCAGCAGACUUUGUGAAAAUUAAUAUUUGUGUAAUUCUCAAAACUUUUGACCACGACUGUAGAGUUAAAAGGCACUGAAUGCACGUGGACAAAUCUCUCUUGAUGCAAGUUUUACUCCCCUGAAUCAAAAUAUACAGUAUAUAUAACAUGACGUUACUAUACAAUCAUUUCCCUAUGGGCCCUGGUCAAUAUAUGCACUAUAUAGAGAACAGGGUGCCAUUUUGGACGAACAAUAUGUGUAAUGGAGUCUAACCAUCAAUCAAGUUGUGUAAAGAAAUACAAAAUACAUUCUGGUCAGUGGCCACAGGGAUAAAACCAAGGGGAAAAAUGUAGAUUUAAGUGUAAUUUACUGUAAUUUAGUUUCCUUGGAUAAAACUCUGAAGUGAACCAAGUCCCAACGAGAGGAUUGUCCGUUCUGUGUAUGAGGGUCCAAUCUGUGGGGCAAGUACAAAUUUCCACUGAAGUCUAAAUUUAACUUAGUUUCCCAUUGGCAUCAAUGCAUGACUAAUUGAAAAUGUUUGACUUAAGUGGAAGUUAGGCUUUGUCCCCUGUGUAUGGAUUGAGGGUGGGAGAGUGAGGGAGGGUUUAUUGUUACAGAUAGAACAUUAACACACCCCUAUUUCCACCCUUGUGCCCCCUUUACAAUCCCCCCCUUCCCCCUCCUAUCCCUAAUUGGAUGCUAUUGACUCACCUUCACUCACCCAAAUAUGUUUUAUCGUUUUCAAGAAGCGCAGUUAACCUGGCAGUGUUAAAACUGAAUGAACAAGGCCUGUUGGACAAAUUGAAAAACAAGUGGUGGUACGACAAGGGAGAGUGUGGCAGCGGCGGAGGUGGCGAGAAGGUUAGCCACCCGUGUGUCAGCCCCAUGCCGAUUGGGUAAAACUGUUGCCGUGGUAAUGGGGGCAUCUGCCGGGGUGACACCCAUCCAGCCAAUAGUUGAGGCUUCACAGUAACGGCCUUCGAUUGGUUGUUGUGAGAUAGGCCCCGGCAGUAUGUGCCCGUUCCAGAAAGCGAUGCAGUGGGGGCCCCAUGUAUAUGUCUGUAGCGCUCAGCCCCUCAGGCGCCCCCUCCUCUACCACGAGCAUAGAGACAUGUAAACCAAUGGGGCCCCUGUCUCCGUCACUUCCAGCUGUUAAGUGCUCUGUAUGGGCUCUUUAGGUUUCUGACUGAAUAACAUAAAAUAACAUGUCCUAUGAUGUUAUUUAUGUUAUUUCCCCCUCCCCCCUGACCCUUCCCCGACCCCUCGACCUCACACGUGCGGUUUCGAAGAACUCCGGUAAACCUAGCCGUGUUGAAACUGAGUGAAUCAGGCAUCUUAGACAAGCUGAAAAACAAAUGGUGGUACGAUAAGGGCGAGUGUGGACCCACGGCCUCAGGAAGUAAGGUCAGUCUCCUGCAAGUCCUGGGACCACACCUCCUCACUGACUGUUCUGAUGUCCCACUGAUGAACCCAUCGCAGACAGACAGACAGACAGACAGACAGACAGACAGACAGAUAGGAAGACAGGCAGGCCGACAGAGAGAUUGGUAGGCAUGCAGGCAGAUAGGGAGACAGGAGAGCAGGCAGGCAGGCUGACACACACACACAAACAUAGGACAGAGAGACUGAAGGCGUAGCCUGAGGGAUACAACACAUCAAACUAGAAGGCAUGCUCACAAUUCAGUGGUAGAAACAGCACAGCAAUGUAUGAAAUGAUGAGACCUGCAGGAUCACAUUCAUAUGGUUGUUACCUGUAUCUGUGCCACACUUAGUAGGGCACUUAGCAAUGAAUGUAUUCAAGUUGUGCAGUUGUGAUGUCCCGGCAGAUUAUUAGUAUCAUAUAAUUAGAAUGAGUAGAACAGGCUUGAAACCUAUUAUUUUUCAAUGUUAGUAUGCCAGUCAUUCUAGCCCACUCUAGAUUGGAUAUAGCAAGUUUAUCAGUUGGGCACUACUCAAGCAUGUAAUGAGAACUCCUGCCUCAGCAAAGCAGCAUGUAAACGCCUUAGCAGCAAAACAACUUUUCAAUCAAGUCCUUGUCAAGUGUACAGUAUUUCCUUGUCAAGUAUAAUUAAAAAGUAUUUAUCCAGUUUUGUUUGAAUGUGCUCACUCACACACUCCCAUCAGCAGUAGAUCAGAUGCAUGACAAGGCAAGGCAGUGUUUAGUGAAGUCUCUAACCUGAACAGAUUCCUUUUGAAAAGAAAGCCUCCUACUUUAGGAGCAGGUAACUAACCUGCUCCCAAAGAGGAGAUAAGAAAUGUGAGAGAGCUGCUCUCGUGUGUCUUAAAGCACAGCGUCUAAUUACAAAAUGACAAUAAGCAGAGAUAACAGAGGGCUAGGGAGCUACUUGAGAGUUUAGACUGAGGAAAAAACAGCCUGUUGACAAUUGUUGACAGCUAGCAAACUAGAAUAAUUGUGUUCCUCUUUAAUUGCUGUAAAAACAUCAUAGUCACGCUUUAGAUUGGUUGGCAUGGUAACUUCAUGAUGAUAACGGCUAAAGCGCUAGCCACAGAGCUCAGAGCUAGAGAAGGUCUGAACUGGAAAGUGUGUUUGUGUGUGUUUUUGUGUGUGUGUGUGUGACACACACACACACACACAAACACACUUUCCAGUUCAGACCUUCUAGCUGUCAACAAUUGUCAACAGGCAGUUUUUUCCUCAGUCUAAACUCUCAGGUAGCUCCCUAGCCCUCUGUUAUCUGUGUUUGUGUGUGUGUGUGUAACAAAGUGUGUGUGUGUGUGUUAGAUUUGUUAACUUUGUAUUUGUGUACUUGUGUUGUAAUGUGUAAUAUAAUUGCCUGGUAUUUUAUGUAUGAGUAUGUAUGUGAGUCUGUGUUUGCGUUUAUGUGUUCUCAGCCCCCCACCACUGUCACACCGCUGACAUCCUGUCUGCCCUGUGUCUCUCCUCCAACCCCCCAGGACAAGUCGUCCCAGGCCCUGUCGUUGAGCAACGUGGCGGGGGUCUUCUAUAUCCUUGUGGGGGGCCUGGGCCUGGCCAUGCUGGUGGCCCUCAUUGAAUUCUGCUACAAGUCCCGGAACGAGGCCAAGCGAAUGAAGGUGGAGGCACCGAUGUCUGAACACCACCACCCAAACCACCACCACCACCUCCCCCACCACCUAACCCCUAGCAGCCCCCGGCCCAGCUGCUCCAGCCCCAGAACAAGCCCUCACCCCAGUCACAGUCCUGGCUAUAGUCCCGGCCACACCCCCAGCCCUUCCCCAAGCACCCACAACUUAGCCACGUAUAGUGAGGUUUUCGACGGGUAUGGGAGCGAUGAUGGGAGCGAUGGGGAUGUUAUGAUA